AACCUGGUUCUCUGUGCAGUUUUGUUGGACAAGACUCAGUGUUGUGUUGGAGAGAAUUUCAGUGCGCCAACUGGACCAUGCUUUUCGCUUUGGAGUAAGAUACCGCGCCGAGUGUUCUGCCGGCGAACCAUGAGCCAGCGGGCGCGAGAGAGUGCCCGGGCGCCGGCUGCGCAGGUCACCUAGGCGAUGCUGCUGCUACUGCUGCGCACGAGCGCCUCCACGAUGCCUGCGCCACUCGCUGUAUACGUCAUCUCUCUAGCCUUCUUUUGGAUAUGUGUGCUUGCGGACGACCCAUUCCCGGUGGGGGCCAGCCGUCCCGCCAACAGCACGGUGGGGCCGGCGGACCCCCGGUCCGUGAUGGGCCGCGUGCCGCCGUACCAGCCGCCAGCGAUGGGCAACGGCCCCAUCUCUAUGCAGGGCCCCCCGGUGUUCCGGCCCCACAGCCCGUAUACGCGAGUUGAACCGUGGAAUCCUCAUCCACUUUUCGAGAAACAUCCCUUCGACGUCGUCGCUGAAGGAAUGGACGGCAACGACGACGAUGGCGGCUGCAACCAGCCUUGCCUCAGCCAACAUUUUUCGUGUCAAAUAUCGUGCACGUGCAUCCCUAUGGAGAAGCGUUGCGACGGCGUGGCGGAGUGCGCGGAGGCCGAGGACGAGGCCGGCUGCGCGCGCUCGUGCGACGAGCACGAGAACCGCACCAUCUGCCACACCACCAACGUGUGCAUCGCGUUGGACUGGCUUUGCGAUGGGGACAACGACUGCGGCGACUUCUCCGACGAGACUCAUUGCGGAGCUGAGAACUGUACCGAAGAGCAGUUCUUGUGCGGGAACGGACUGUGCAUCCACAAGGACUGGGUCUGCGACGGCGACAACGACUGUCGCGACAACUCUGACGAGACCAACUGCACCAAGGGCCAUUUACUUCGCAGGUGCCGUGACAACCAAUUCAUGUGCGCAAUGGGCGAGUGCAUCGCCAAGCACUGGAAGUGUGACAAGGAAGCCGACUGCCCCGACAGCUCCGAUGAGGCCGAUUGCCGUGGUUCGUUAUCUCAAGUGGACCUCCUCCGUUGUGGUGAGAGCGAGUUCCAAUGCGACAACAAGAAGUGCAUCCGCAAAGAGUUCCAGUGCGACGGCGACAACGACUGCGGCGACUGGACUGAUGAAGACUCCUGCCCCAUGAUGCCGGGGAGCUGUAACGCGGGGGAGUUCAAAUGUAGCGACGGCAAAUGUAUCCCUGAACGUUGGCGCUGCGACUCCGAAAGGGACUGCGCUGAUGGCGGUGACGAGCUGAACUGCGAGCCCCAUGUUAUGAGGAACUGUACCACUGAGGAGUACACUUGCACGGAUCGGCGAUGCAUUUUGAAAACCUGGUUAUGUGAUGGAGUUCGUGAUUGCACCAACGGCGAAGAUGAGAUGAACUGCCAAGUUUUUUGCGAAGAAGACCAGUACAUGUGCAAGACUCAAGAACAUCUGCUCAGCAACGCUUUUAGAAACUGCGUAAAUAGAAAGCAUGUAUGUGACGGCAUGAAGGAUUGCCCACGGGGCGAUGAUGAGGAGAAAUGUCCAACGAAAAGGAAGUGUACCCAAGAUGACAAAUGCGAAAGGGAUUGCAUUACUACGUUCGAUGGUCUACUGGCCUGCGCUUGUCCUUUAGGAUUCCUGUUAGCUGAUGAUGGUUAUAGUUGCCGUGAUAUCGACGAGUGCAUGUACGAACAAGAUCCAGUGUGCUCGCAAACAUGCUCCAAUACUGUAGGCAGUUUCCAAUGUGGCUGUAUGACGGGCUAUAUAUUACGACCUGAUGGACGAUCCUGCAAGCCUACUGGGGAAUCCCCUUCGUUGCUGUUCUCUAACCGUAUAGGAAUACGACAGGUGUGGUUGACUGGCGAUAACUACAUGUCGGUGGUCAAAGGUCUACAUAAUGCAGUUGCUCUUGAUUACCACUACGAGAAAAAGCUGAUAUUCUGGUCAGAAAACAACUUGAGGGUUAUUCGCGUAGCUGACGCUAAUGGUACUAUGAAAGAUGUCAUAAAAUGGGGCUUAGAAACGCCUGGUGGUGUUGCCGUCGACUGGAUACACGAUUUGCUCUUUUGGACCGAUUCUGGCACUAGGCGGGUGGAGGUAGCAACUCUGAAUGGUACUCAAAGAGCUGUGCUUGCAGCCAAUGACUUGGACAAGCCUCGAGCUAUUGCUGUCCAUCCAGGAGACGCUUUAGUAUUUUGGACCGAUUGGGGUCCCAACCCAAAAAUAGAGCGAGCAGAUAUGGAUGGUAGUCGUCGGAAGAGCGUCAUAGUAAACAGGAUAUUUUGGCCCAACGGCCUAACGAUAGAUUACACAGAGUCAAAGAUUUACUGGGCUGAUGCUAAGCAUCAUGUUAUUGAAAGAGCUACUUUCGACGGGCGAGACAGAAAAAGGAUUACUAACAAAGGUCUACCUCAUCCAUUUGCAAUAACGCUAUUUGAAGAUGCCAUUUACUGGACUGAUUGGCAUACUAAAAGCAUAUCAACUAUUAAUAAGGAGACGGGAAUGGGUAUCCAAACUGUGCAUGCCGGCCUAAAUGUUCCUAUGGAUAUACACAGUUAUCACCCCCUGAGGCAGCUAAAGACCUAUAAGAACCGCUGCGGCCCUAACAAUGGUGGUUGUUCUCACCUUUGCCUUCCAAACAGCAACGAUCGGACCUGCCGUUGUCCGGUCGGAUUUAAUCUAAACCCUGAUGGUCGAACAUGUGAAGAAACACCAGAAAAAUUAUUACUUUAUGCACGACGAAAGGACAUAAGACUGAAACAAUUGAAUCCGAGAAAACAAACUGACUCUUUGGACAUGGUAAUUCCCGUGGACAACAUAAAGUCAGCAGUGGCAUUGGAUUGGGAUCAUAACACUAAUUCAAUAUUCUGGACGGACGUAGAGAAGGACACUAUCAACCGCGCCUAUUUGAAUGGUUCCCACCAGACUGUAAUAGUCGGCUCAAACCUGAUAUCACCAGCCGGUCUUGCCUAUGAUUGGAUAACGGAUAAAAUAUACUGGACCGAUGCUGGCACUAACAGGAUUGAGGCAGCAAAUUCCAAUGGAUCCAUGAGAGCCUUGCUUGCAUGGGAGAACAUUGACAAACCUAGAGAUAUUGUCGUCGACCCUAAAGGUGGAGUCAUGUAUUGGUCCGAUUGGGGAACAACACCAUGUAUUGAACGUGCAGACAUGGAUGGAGGAAACCGUCAAAAGUUGAUAUUUGGGGAGAUGACGUGGCCUAAUGGACUAGCUUUAGAUCUUGGAAGCAACCGCAUCUAUUGGACGGACGGGGGCAACCGCACUAUUGAAUAUGCGAAUCUUGAUGGUACUGGAAGGACCAUUUUGAUUGGUCAACAUUUGCCUCAUCCGUUUGGUUUGGACUUACAUGGUGACGAAGUUUUUUGGACAGACUGGGAUACACAGUCGAUCCAGGCUGCUAACAAAUAUACCGGUAAAAACAGGCGAACUUUAGGUUCGGGAGUUGCAGGUCUGAUGGAUGUACGAGUCUUCCACAAGGACAGAAUUGAAGGAGUCAACAGAUGCGGUAAAAACAAUGGUGGAUGUUCACAUCUCUGUCUCUUGAAACCGGGAGGUUACACUUGCGCCUGCCCGAUUGGAAUCAAACUCACUGGGAAUGGAAAAACUUGUUUGAACGGACCUGUAAACUACUUAAUUUUUGCUCACCGUGUGGACAUUCGUAUUGUGUCCUUAGAUGUGCCGUAUUUGGUUGAUGUUGUUCUUCCGCUACCACCAUUAAAGAAUGCACUUGGAGUGGAUGUGGAUCAACGAACCGGCCUCGUUUAUUGGACUGAUACUGGAGAAAGAAUGAUCAAGCGGGCUCAUAGAGAAGGCUACAACAAUGAGACCGUAGUAGGGAAAGGUCUUCAUACAGUGGACGGCAUUGUCAUUGACUCGGCUGGACGCAAGAUCUAUUGGACUGACGGUGGCCGUAACAGCAUCGAGGUAGCAGAGUUAAACGGCAACAAUAGGAAGCUUCUGAUAUGGACCGGUCUAGACUCACCUAGGGCUAUAGCGUUACACUAUGAGGAGGGCUUCAUGUUUUGGUCUGAUUGGGGACAAUCAGCCAAAAUUGAAAGAGCUGACAUGGAUGGGAAAAACCGACGCAUCAUAGUCGAUAAUAACAUCAAAUGGCCCAACGGCUUAGCCAUUGACAACAUUGAAGGUCGCCUGUACUGGAACGAUGCUAAAAUCCUAACGAUAGAGAGCUCCGACUUCGAAGGCAACGACAGACGUGUAAUUUUGAGUAAAGUGCCCUAUCCUUACGGCAUUGUUAUUGUUGGACAACACAUUUACUGGACUGAUUGGAAGACUAAAGCUCUACAUAGAGCCGAUAAAGCGAAUGCCAAAGAUGGAAUUAUCAUAAGAGAGAAUCUAGAGGGCCUGAUGGAUAUACGAGCUAUUCAGGGAGAACGAGUGCUAAAUGAUGCUUGUGGCACAAACAAUGGAGGAUGCUCCCAUCUGUGUCUUCGAUCACCCAAAGGAUUCUCGUGUGCUUGUCCCACGGGUUUAUUAUUCGAAAAUCAAACAGACCCCAAUCCAAAGAAAUGCAGGCAAUAUCCCGAAAACUACCUGUUCUUUGCUACAAGAGGAAGUCUUGCAAUGAUCUCGCUUGAUACGCCGGAGCAUUGGGAUGUCAAUCUGCCAAUAAAGGAAGCUGAUAAUACCAUCGCUGUUGAUUUCCACUGGGAAUACAAAUUACUGUUCUACACCGAUAUCAAUAGGAACUGCGUUAGCACCAUCGAUAUGCAUGACAUGAGCCGAAGCAAGAUUAUCGUUAAAGGCAGGCUUAACACACCCAAUGGCUUGAGCGUUGAUUGGAUUGCCAACAACCUUUACUGGUCUGACAAUAAUUAUAAGGUUAUUGAAGUGGCAAGGUUGGAUGGAUCAUCACGGAAAACUUUAAUUACUGGGCUCAAGGAACCUCGGGCACUAGCUUUGUUCCCAGCUAAGGGAUAUCUUUACUGGAGCGACUGGGGAGAGACUCCUAGCAUUGAAAGGGCAUAUCUAGAUGGAAGUCAGAGAAAGAUUAUUAUCAACCAAGAUCUAGGAUUUCCAAACGGCAUUACGAUAGAUUACAAGGAGCGGAGAUUAUACUGGACUGAUGCUUUAAAAGAUAGGAUUGACACUUCUGACCUGAACGGCAACCAUAGGGUGCAGUUAGUUCCUGAAGCGAAAAAUGCAUUUGGGAUGACUCAGUUUAACGACUACAUUUACUGGACGGAUUGGUUCAAAAAAUCAGUAAUGAGAGCCGACAAGAGGACAGGUAAAAACGUAACAGUGAUAAGACAAGAUUUGGAUAUGACCAUGGAGAUCAGAGCGGUGUCGGCUGAGAGGCAGCAUGGAUGGAACCCUUGCAAGGAAGACAACGGCGGCUGCUCGCAUCUAUGCUUGUUUAGAGCUCACGACUACAUCUGUGCUUGUCCAGAUGAAGCCGACUCGAAGCCUUGCUCUACAGUGCCCAAGUCGCGGAUCGAAGGUCAGAUGCCUGCGCACUACCCUCCGUAUUACGACUACCGGGACAUUGACUCCGAAGACACGUUCUUCAUGCCACCUACAGUGGUGCCCGAGACCAGCGUCAGCGCGAUUCUGAUCGUGGUCGCAAUCCUGAUCUGUAUCAUCAUCGCCGUGGUUAUUAUCGCGUUUGUUUGCGUGAAGAUCAACAAAGAGCGAGGAGAGGAGCUGAAGGAGACAUACCGCGAGUCGGCUGGCCACAUCUCGUUCCACAACCCAAACUAUAACUGCGCGACCGGUAGCAGCUCCGCUUCUGGCUCCGGCGAGCCACUGGAGCGCAGGUCCAACCGGUUUCAAGGAAUAUUCAAAUACGACAAAAGUCAGGAGCGCGUAACCAACGUCUACAUCCCUGAAGGCACGAGCCUGCUGCCUGCUCCUCCACCACCGCCGCACCGGCAGCCGCCGCGCCCGUCCACACACGACGACUUCGAACCGGUCACCCUGCACCCGUUCGCAUGA